CGUCAGUGUAACGACGACCGUCGGCUGUGCGGAUCGUCGAGACGCGUGCGCGCGCGAGAGCACAGCUGAUCAUCAUCCGUGGUAACGCGGAAGGAACACGCGCAUCAUCAUCGUGAGAAUCGCCCGCUGCUCACUCGCGCGUGGACGCUGAAACGCGUGAGCGCGAGUGCCGGCUGUCUCGCAGAUCCUCCUAUAUAUAUAUUUCUCUCUCUCUCGCCAUCGUCGCCGUGCGUCGGCGCGCGUGUCCAACGCGCGUCCCUCGGACCGUGAAUGUGCCGCCGCUUGGCCGCCGCGAGGCCGAUCGUCCUCGGGAAAAUAUGCGUGCGGCCGGCCGCCGGUGGACGACGACGGAUCCAGCCAGGAGCACGGGCUACGACGACGAGCCGCACGUGACUGCGGCAGUCGCGCAGAUUUCGGCGCAGUGAGUGGUUGAGGAGAGAGAGGUCAGCUCGCGUUUUCCGUUCGUUUCGCGGGAGAUAGAGAGGUAGCGGGUUACCCUCGCGCCACGGUGUCGCGUGGGCGUGUCGUCGUCGUUGUUGUUGCCAUCGGUGCUCCGUCGCGCGCGCGGAGUCCAGUGUGAGCCCGGUGAUACGCGGUGUGUUGUAUAUUGUAUACCCGGUGCGUUCGACGUGUCCCCGCGUGUGCCGUCGACGAGGAGUCGCCCUUGCCAUCGUCGUCGUCGUGGUCCCCUCGCGACUACGCAAGACUGCGAAUCCUGGCCGGUACCGAGCGCCGCUGUGACACCGCCGCGAGGAGAAGAUGAGGCGUGCGAGCCACCACCGCGUCGCCUCCGGGAUGCAUCCGGUGCUGUCCUGCUGGUACGUCGUCGCUACCGUCACCUUAGCCCUGGCCGCGUGGCAGGAGAACGUCAGGCCAAAGAUGUACGUCCAACUAGGUGCGGAGGAUGUGUUCAGGUUUACGGGAAACGAGACGCACACAGACUACUUUCGGCUGGUGCUCAGGGACGGGAACUAUCUUUUGGUCGGCGGAAGAAAUCUGGUGCACAACCUGAGCCUGACGGACCUGACGGAACAGCAGAGGCUGACCUGGUACUCGACGGAGAACGACGUGAAGAUGUGCGUGGUAAAAGGCACGCCCGAGGAAAACUGCCAGAACUACAUACGCAUCCUGGUGAAGACCGGGCAGAACAAUCUGUUCGUGUGCGCGACCAACGCCUUCAAGCCUAUGUGCCGCGACUACACGGUGCACGCUGGCAACUACUCGAUGGUGAAAGAGAAGCCCGGCCAGGCGAGGUGUCCGUACGACCCGCAGCACAACAGCACCUUCGUCUACGUGGACGGUGAGCUCUACACCGGCACGGUCGCCGAUUUCGCGGGGAUGGACCCGAUCAUCUACAGGGAGCCGUUGCAGACCGAGCAGUACGACUCGAUGAGUCUGAACGCGCCGAACUUCGUGAGCUCCAUGUCCCAAGGAGACUUCGUCUACUUCUUCUUCAGAGAGACUGCUGUAGAAUAUAUCAAUUGCGGCAAGGCCGUGUACUCCCGCGUAGCGCGAGUCUGUAAAUACGACCGAGGCGGACCGCAUCGUUUCCGUAACAGGUGGACGUCCUACCUGAAAUCGCGUCUCAAUUGCUCCGUCACCGGGGACUUCCCGUUCUACUUCAACGAGAUACAGUCGACGACCGAGCUGAUAUCGGGCCAGUACGGCGGCACGUCGGCCCAGCUGAUAUACGGCACCUUCACGACCCCGGUGAACAGCAUCAGCGGCUCGGCGGUAUGCGCGUUCUCGCUGCAGGACAUCGCCGACACCUUCAACGGCAACUUCAAGGAGCAGACCGCCCUGAACUCGAACUGGCUGCCGGUGCAGGACACGAAAGUGCCGGAUCCGCGGCCCGGCCAGUGCACCAACGACUCGCGCACGCUGCCGGACCUGACGCUCAACUUCAUCAACACGCACUCGCUGAUGGACGAGUCGGUGCCGAGCUUUUUCGGCCAGCCGAUCGUUAUACGCACCAGUUUCCAUUACAGAUUCACCCAGAUCGCCGUGGACCCUCAGGUGAGGACGCCCGGCGACAAGACCUACGACGUCCUCUUCAUCGGCACGGACAACGGCAAGGUGAUCAAAGCUGUGAACGCCGAGUCCGCGGACUCCCACCAGAAGGUCAGCCCGGUCGUGAUCGAGGAGAUUCAGGCGUUCCCGUCGACGGUGCCGGUGCGCGGUAUCAAGGUGGUCCGCGCAUCCCAGGCGGGCGACGGCCUCGAAGACGGCCGAUUGGUCGUAAUCGCCGACAGCCAGGUGCAGGCACUGAGGCUCCAUCGCUGCUACAGCGACCGGAUACUCUCCUGCGGCGAGUGCGUAGCGCUGCAGGACCCUUACUGCGCCUGGGACAAGGUGGAGGGCAAGUGCAGGGCGCUGGUCGGCCCGGCGGCCACCGACGCCAAUAGAUUCCUGCAGAGCGUCGCCACCGGCAUACACGCGUCCUGUCCGCCCAGCAAGAGCCUCAACAAGGACGCCGGCAGCGUAGGCGCCAUAUCCGCGAAUCAGAACAAGUUCCCGCAGGACUCGAUGAUACCGAACAAGGAUAGCCAGGGCGGGGAGAUCAUCAAUAUCAUGCAGGACGAGGAACAAGAUAAUUCAGGCCCGGAAGUGUCUGCCGCUGAUACACCUCCGCCGCAGUACUCGGUGGAGACUCUGGUGAUGGCUGUGGUAGCCGGCGCGGUGUUCGCACUGUGCGUCGGAUUCGUGGCCGGUUACAUGUGUGGGAAGAAGUGCAGGAAAGAUGAAGACGACAAUCUACCGUAUCCGGACACGGAGUACGAGUACUUCGAGCAACGGCAGAACGUGAACAGCAGGUUACCGCCGGAGCCGAAGCUGCUGCCGCAGGAGGAGGUGACGUACGCGGAGCCGGUGCUGGUGCCGCAGCCGCCGAAGCUCCAGUCGCCGAAGGGCACGAUGAGGAAACCGCCGCCCACGCCCACAGAGACUCUCUUCCAGUUCCCGGACGGCUACGGCUUCCGCGGCGCCAGGGACAACUUCGGCACCCUGCGCUCCCACCAAGGCGACGCGUAUCGCCGCAACGACGGCUUUGCGACCACGCGCAGCGUCAAGAAGGUUUAUCUCUGAGAAACGAGCGAGGAGGGGGGCGGCCGUCACCGGAGCCUAGGACGGCCAACGCGCAAUCGCCACAACGCGACGACAGCCGGCAGGAGUAAUCGCGCUGUGACGUCCGGGGGACAGUCGAAUCGCGAGCUCGCCGGCCCGAGGGCACUGGAGUCACCCUCGCCGUCGUCGAGCGUGUCGUCGAGUUCCCCGUCCCCUCCCUCCUCGUCACCCUCGCCUACCCUCGUACCGAUCGCCAUGAGCGGCAAUCAACCGCCGCCACCGCCAACGCCACCCUGCAGCUUCAUCUAUCGAUCAUAGUCGUCGUCGUCGUCGUCGUCGUCACCAUCAUCGUCGCCGUCGCCAUCGCGGUCGUACCCUGCUUUCUGCUCGACGACGCGGGGGGAUGGAGAGAGAGAGGUGGAGACCGAGCGAGCGUUCUUACAACAGUCCUAGUGCGCGUUCCACCAAAAGUGUACGUAGCGGGGAAAAGGAGGAGAGAUCGAGAAGGGUGAUGAAGGCAAGGAGAUCUCUCGCGGUACUUCGAUUCGGACAUACCGCGGCACAACUCUGUUUCGUCGUCGUCGUCGUCUUCGAUAUCGAAUCUUUCCGUUCCGGUAUUUUUCGUUUCUCGACAGGAAGAAAUCAAACAAAGAAACAAACGGUAAAACGAGAUUGCUUUUUGUAAUGUCCGGGACAUUGUGAUCUUUCGUCCGGCGUCGAUCGAGUCUGCGCGAGGCGUUUGCAUCGUUGUUAUCGAUAGAUGCUUGCUGCCGACGGGACUCGACUCGGCGGCGGUGAUUGCCGUGAGGAGGAGGAAAAUCCGAUCUCGGUCGCACGAUUUUGUGAAUCGUUCCGUCGCGAGCGUGUCGGGUAAGGACGACCAGCAGCCGACUGUGCUGCACGACUGACUCGUCGUCUUCGCCUACACACACCCACACACACACACACAUUCACGCGCGAGGCACAUCGCGGCGUUCUGAGAAACGGCGUUUCGUAAUUCUCGUCUAAGAACGACAUUCCAGCCGGAGGUGGUUCCCGUUUCGAUCUUAACGUCGAGCUUCAAGCUCGUCGUUUGUCCGCGCACACGGGAGGCGAACAACGAGAGACGGGCGCGAGUCUCUUAGCAUAGCGAACGUCGAUCAUCGUAGGUCUUUAGCGCCGAUUAGCGCGAAAGAGGGAGCGAGAGCGAAACCCGAGGACGAGAGAGAAAGAGAGAGAGAAGAGGAGGAGGAGAAGCACGAGAAGAAGACUCUACGAUCGUCGGCCGCUCGAACACGUAGAAGAAACUCGGGUAAACUUUUCCUCGGUGAUUAGGCUCGAUUGACAAAAUAGUGCGAACGUUACACGCGACGGUUCGCGACGAAAAUGUCGUAAUCUCCACUAUUUUAUUAAUUGACAAUUAGUAAAUCGAAGUCGACGUGUAGUUGUUAAAGGAAAAGGAGGAAAGAAAAAAAAAAAGGGGGGAUAAAGAAGGGAAAGAAAAAACCGCGCGACAUAGUACUACGACGAGGCUUUUUUCAUAAAGUCAAUUAAAGGAGACUAUCCGCAAAACUCGAAACACGCAAUUUUUCUAAUGUUGUAAUAUUUAAUACGAGUGAUCGAUAGUGCCAUUAUAUAUAGACCACGUAACACUGCUGCGUGCCUCGAAAUUGAAAAAAACGAUCGUGAAUGCCGAUCAUCAAUGUUGUUGGCCGAAUGUUCUUUCGCGAUUGGCCAAAGUGAAUCGCAGUUGAUUGCAGUUUCUGAUUACUUGUUGUAAAUAACUGCGGUCCUCUACUCUAUCAUUAUAUAUCUUUCAUUUCUCGCGAACGCGUUUCUUCUCACACCCUUCGUGUGUCGCUCUCGCGAUUUACUUCCUCCGGUAUAUAUUUAUCGUUUUCGCGAUUCUGCACAUAUAUAUAUAUAUAUACAUAUAUAUAUAUAUAUAUGUAGUCGAUCACCGCGUGAGAGAACGCCGUUGGAUUCAAAGGUUCGCUCGGACACGAUGAGGUAAUCCUUUCGAGCGCGUUUACGCGACACGUGAAUGUUGAAUUUGCACACAUUUCAUGACGUUUUUCGACGUUUUAACGGAACGUACGCUUGAGUUACAUCCCCCUCCCCCCCUCCUCCCCUCCCUCCCCUUACCGAUGAUAUAUAUAAUCUUGGUUAUCGUAGUCGGAUACACACAUAUGCAUUCGAAAAUUUGCAUCAUGCAUAAAAUCGUGGAGAUUGCUAUAUUGCGUAAUUUAAGGAUACGUUACCGAUAUAUCCACCAGUAGCGGCCAACUAGCGUAGACUACUGCUAAUACGUUGCUGCUGUCCACACAGGGAUAUGUUGAAACGGUCGUUCGAAGACGAUGCUACUUUUUAGUUUCUCGCGUGCGAACGUUGGUUCAUCUAGUUCUGUGUAUGCUUCGGAGACGCGCGUUCUCAGCGCCUGCACAUAUACGUAAUAGGAGAGCGAAAAAAGAAGCGAUAGAGAGAGAGAGAGAGAGAGAAGGGGGAAAAGUGAGAGAAAGAAAAGAGAGAGAGGAG